CCCGGAGUCUGGAGCUUGGAGCCGGCGCGGCUAUUUCUAUCUCAUGAUCACAGUGCCUGGGCUCGGGGCUUUUCCAGCGACUUCUGCCCGGGCGGAGAGCGGGCAGCGGGCAGAGGACGGCGCCGUUCCGGCCCCAGGGAAGCCAUAUUCUGCAUAACCGGCUUCGGGCCCAGGGAGACGGUGCGCUGCAGCCCCUGCGCCCCGGCCCCUGCGCUCCGGCCCCCGCGCUUCGGCUCAGUCCAGCGGCGUCCCUGCGCUGCGGCCUCUGCGUUUCACUGUGCCACCGGCUCCAGCGCAGUCCCCUCCCCUCCGGCUGCUGCGGGGCCACGGCCGCCUGGCAAGAUGAGCAACGUGUCCUUCCACAUCUCCAAUCUCUUGGAGAAGAUGACGUCCACGGACAAGGAUUUUAGAUUCAUGGCCACCAAUGACCUGAUGUUGGAGCUGCAGAAGGAUUCCAUUAAGCUGGAUGAGGACAGUGAGAAGAAAGUGGUGAAGAUGUUACUAAAGCUUCUAGAAGAUAAGAAUGGAGAGGUACAGAAUUUAGCAGUCAAAUGCCUGGGCCCUCUGGUGGGCAAAGUGAAGGAGUACCAGGUGGAGACCAUUGUGGACACCCUCUGCACCAACAUGCUGUCUGACAAGGAGCAGCUCCGGGAUAUUUCUGGCAUGGGCCUGAAGACUGUCAUCUCUGAACUCCCACCUGUAUCCACAGGCUCUACCAUGGCAGCCAACGUGUGCAAAAAGAUUACAUCCCAGCUCACUGGAGCUAUUGGGAAGCAAGAGGAUGUGUCCGUGCAGUUGGAGGCUCUGGAUAUCUUAUCAGACAUGCUGAGUAGGUUGGGCGGGGCCCUCUUCUCCUUCCACUCCUCCAUCCUGCACUGCCUGGUCCCACAGCUCACCAGCCCCCGCCUGGCAGUGCGCAAGCGGGCCAUUGUUGCCCUUGGCCACCUGGUCAUGACCUGCAGCGCCAACCUAUUCUCAGAGCUCAUGGAGCAGCUGUUGGCUGAGCUGGAGGGAGAUGCAUCCACCUCUACCACUCGUACCUACAUCCAGUGUAUUGGAGGCAUCAGCAGGCAGGCGGGCCAUCGUGUUGGUGUCCACCUGCCAAGGAUCGUCCCUUUAGUGGUGAAGUUUUGUGCUGUGGAGGAUGACGAGCUCCGAGAGUAUUGCUUCCAAGCCUUCGAGUCCUUUGUGAGAAGGUGUCCCAAGGAGAUGGGACCCUAUAUUCCCAGUGUGACCAACCUCUGCCUGAAGUACCUGACUCAUGACCCCAACUACAACUAUGACAGUGAUGAGGAUGAAAUGAUGGAGACAGAAGAUGGAGAAGAUGAUGAACAAGAAAGUGACGACGAGUACAGUGACGACGAUGACAUGAGUUGGAAGGUCCGAAGGGCUGCGGCCAAGUGCGUGGCCGCCAUCAUUAGCACCAGGCAUGACUUGCUGCAGGACUUCUACCAGGUCCUCUCGCCGGUGCUCAUCAGCAGGUUCAAGGAACGGGAGGAGAACGUCAAAGCUGACAUCUUUGGGGCCUACAUCUCGCUGCUGAGACAGACGCAUCCCGGGCAAAGCUGGCUCCGAACGUCGGAAGUGGCUGGCAAGGAGAACGUGCCCCUCACCAUGCUGCAGAAUCAGGUGCCCCAUAUUGUCAAGGCUCUCCAGAGACAACUCAAGGACCGGAGUAUCAAGUCCCGCCAAGGCUGCUUUAGCGUUCUCACAGAACUAGCUGGAGUCUUGCCGGGGAGCCUGUCCGAGCACAUUCCUGCUUUGGUGCCAGGCAUUAUCUUCUCCUUGACAGACAAGGCCAGCUCUUCUAACAUGCGGAUUGAUACUUUGGCCUUCCUGCAUGUCCUCCUGUGUACCCACCCUCCUGAGGCCUUCCAUGCCCACCUGCCAGUCCUGCUGCCCCCAGUGGUGGCUUGUGUGUCUGACCCAUUCUACAAGAUAACCUCAGAGGCUUUGCUGGUGACUCAGCAGUUGGUGAAGGUCCUCCGGCCCCUGGACCAGCCCUCAGCCUUGGACCCCCAACCCUACGUCAAGGAGAUAUUCACUGCCACCCUCAUGAGGCUGAAGGCAGCUGACCUGGACCAGGAGGUGAAGGAACGAGCCAUUGCCUGCAUGGGCCACAUCAUGGCCCACCUGAGAGACUGGUUGGGGAACGAGAUGAAGACCACCCUGCUCAUUUUCCUGGAGCGGCUAAAGAAUGAGAUCACCCGGCUGCCCACGGUCAAGGCACUGGUUCUGGUGGCGGGAUCCCCACUCCGGGUUGACCUGCAGCCCAUUAUCGAUGACAUUUUUCCCAUCUUGGCUUCCUUCCUGCGGAAGAACCAGCGGGCCCUGAAGCUGGCUACCCUGGCAGCCCUCGAAGUCCUAGUACGGAAUUACAGGACCGCCAUCCCUCCACCCGUAAUCGAGGCAGUACUGGGAGAGAUUCCCCCGCUCAUCGGGGAGAGUGACAUGCACGUGGCCCAGAUGGCUGUGGGCUUCCUCACCUCCCUGGCCCAGGCUCACCCUUCCUCACUCUCCAAGACCAGCGGCCCCAUCCUCUCUGAAGUCCUGCAGCUGGUAUACUCACCGCUGCUGCAGGCUGGAGCACUGACCGCCAUCGCGGGUUUCUUCCAGGCCCUCAUGGGCACACGCUCCCCGCGCCUGAGCUACUGUGAGCUGAAGAAACAGCUCACAAGCCCCAUCUACAACGCAGUUCCGAACUCACCUCCCCUCCACAAACAGGCACACCACUCAGUGGCCAAGUGCUUGGCUGCCUUGGUAGUUGCCUAUCCCCAGGAGGCAGCAAAUACUGUGGGCCAGUUCACCCGAGAUGCCCAAUCCCCCCGCUCCAGCCCAGGCGUCAAGGUCCUGUCUUUCCUGGCACUGGCCGAGAUGGGCCACGUGGUGGCUGGGAUGGGGUCCCAGCGAGAGUUGAAAACAGUUCUGCUGGAGGCUUUUUCAUCGCCGAGUGAGGAGGUGAGGUCAGCAGCCUCCUACACGCUGGGUUGCGUGGGUGCCCGGAACCUUCCUGAAUACCUGCCCUUCCUGCUUGGGGAGAUUGGUACCCAGCCCAAGAGGCAGUAUUUGCUGCUGCACUCUCUGAAGGAGACCAUCGGUGCAGCCCCAGCGGAAGGCCUCAAGCCCUAUGUGGAUGACAUCUGGGCCCUGCUCUUCAGGCACUGUGAGUGCACAGAGGAAGGCACCCGCAACGUGGUGGCCGAGUGCCUGGGGAAGCUGGCCCUGGUGAACCCCUCCCAGCUGUUGCCCCAGCUACAGAAGCAGCUCCUCGCAGGUUCACCACAUGCACGUAGCACUGUUGUCACCGCCAUUAAAUUCACUAUCUCGGACCAGCCCCAGCCUGUCGACGUCCUCCUGAAGGACUGCAUCGGAGAUUUCUUAAAGACCCUUCAGGACUCAGACCUAAAUGUUCGAAGGGUGGCUCUGGCCUUAUUCAACUCUGCUGCUCACAACAAGCCCUCCCUCAUCCGAGACUUUCUGGAUAGCACGCUUCCCCAUUUGUACACUGAGACCAAGGUCCGAAAGGAGCUCAUCCGAGAGGUAGAGAUGGGGCCAUUCAAGCACACUGUAGAUGAUGGGCUAGAUGUCAGGAAAGCUGCCUUUGAAUGCAUGUACACACUCUUGGAGAGCUGCCUGGACCGACUGGACAUCUAUGAGUAUUUAAACCAUGUGGAGGAUGGACUCAAAGAUCACUAUGACAUCAGGAUGCUCACUUUCAUCAUGCUGGCCCGGCUGUCCACUCUGUGUCCCAACACUGUCCUGCAGAGGCUGGAUCGCCUGGUAGAACCCCUACGAGCCACCUGCACCUCCAAGGUAAAAGCUGGUUCCGUCAAACAAGAAUUUGAGAAGCAAGAUGAACUUAAGCGCUCGGCUAUGAGAGCUGUGGCAGCCUUACUGACCAUACCGGAGGUGGAAAAAAGCCCAGUGAUGGCAGAAUUCUCUUCCCAGAUCAGAUCCAACCCUGAAAUGGCGGCUCUCUUUGACAGCAUUCAGAAGGACUCAGCUUCCUUAUAUGCUUCAGAGUCAAUGGAUCUAAGUUAAGGGCCUCUGCUUUUCUGGUCAAAUACCAACCCUCUAUUAGUGGAACAGAUUGCUAAAGAGCAUCAUCACCUGCUAUGACCCAGGGCACGCCCACUUGUCUUUUGUCUAGGCCUCCAUUGGGGAUCUCGGUGCCCAGAAUGGUGCUAUCCCAGUUCUUUCUCCAGUGACCCCAAUAUGAUGGCACAGAGGCCAGAGCUGAAGGGUCGAGCCGGGGAAUAACUAAGCCCUUUCAGUUCAAGGACAUGUCUGAGACUAGUAAGCAGGGCCACUGGGAGGGGAAAAGACACUUCUGAAAGAUUUUUGUCUUUAUAUAGAGGGUUUUUAGUUUCUGUGUUGCACAUUAUCUGAAAUGUCCCCAAGUUCCACUUUUAGAGAUUCUGGUUCUCUUGAGUGGCAGACACUGUGAAAAAAACAAGAUUGGUAACUUAAGGGAGCUUCCCUGAGGGGAGACAGACUCCCUUCCACACUAAGCCCCUCCGUUCCCUUUAUUGCUUAAUAUUUUUUAGUUUAAUGAAUUGCUCAAUUGGUAAAUAUAGCAUUCUUUGAAAAAAAAUUAAAUACACCUCUGGCAAAGUUAGGCAUUUACUAUGAAGUGUGAAUUGGUUUUAAAAACCUGUUCUCUUCACCUAAGGUAAGCUGUUCCUCUAGAUUCCGAUAGUACUGAUUCCAUGGAUGGCUGAUAAUUAAGUACAAGAGAAUUCUGAUUACGGAGACUAAAGGGAGGAAAAGAAUUUUGGAAUCUGUCCAUGAAAUCACUCCCACCCAAACCAAGAGAGGGGAUAUUUCACUUUAAAGGUGAUUUCCUUACUUAAGGGGCUAGUCUCCUGAUCCUAAAUAGAACCAGUAUUAUUUUAUAAAUGGGAUUAGUUAGGGAAUUUAAGGCAGUAUUCAAGAUUUGGAGUUCUAAGGAGAUAGGGCAGAAGUAGAGGGUGAAGUAGGAUGUCUAUACCAGACUCCUAGUAUUGCAUAUAGUGGCUAGACUGGGGAUUGAAUCCUGCCUGACACUAGCCCUGGGAUCCCGGGAUUUGUUUCCCUAUGUGUAUCAUCUUAAAGCACCCUAUGUUGUCACAAUUAGUGCCCCCCAGUGUUCCCUUCUAGACUGCAAUGUUCUGUAGAAGCUGUUUGCAGGAAUGUUAUUUAUCACCUCAGAACAGGAUCCUCAUUGAUAAGCUUCAGUUUCAGGACUCUACUCCAAGUCAUACUGAGGCUUGUCAGACAUGGAGGGUCAGGGAUGCCUUUUUUGAGGCCCACUCUGCUAGUUUAAUAUUUACAUAAUUUGGGCUGUUGGGUUUCUAUUGUUUGACAAAGACAAUAAAUAAAAGGUAAAAUACCC